AUGGCCAAAAUCCUCACCGAACAAGAAUUCAACGCACAAAUCGUCUACAACUACACUGAUGUCAUUGGUGAAAAGGUGGGCGGCAAAGUAUUGCUGUUCAGCGAUGAAUGGUUUGCUGCCGCUGACAACUUGAUCAAGCCAAAGGCUGCCAUUAGAGACGCCACUCGUUUCACCCAUGCAGGUGCGUGGUACGAUGGCUGGGAGACCAGAAGACACAACACUGCUGAGGCUGACUACGUCAUUUUCAAGCUUGGGGUCUCGUCUGCCCGUUUGAUUGGUACCGAAGUUGACACUGCAUUCUUCAAUGGUAACCACGCCCCACACAUUUCAGUGGAAGCUAUCCAGAAAUUGGAUGGUGACGACUUGAGCUCGGUCCAGGAGUCCGAGUGGGAGUCUGUGAUCCCCAAGACUGAAUGUGGACCUUCCCAGAGACACUUCUUCACCAGAGAGACCCUCACUGAAAAGAACUACACCCACGCAAGAUUGAGAAUGUACCCCGAUGGAGGAAUUGCCCGUUUCAGAUUGUACGGAGCCGUGAUCCCCAUCCAACCCCAGGCCAAGGACACCGUGUUGGACUUGGCCUCCGUCAACAACGGAGGAGUGGCCAUCAAGGUUUCCGACCAGCAUUUCGGUUCUGCCGACAACUUGCUUCUUCCAGGCAGGGGCCACGACAUGUCUGACGGCUGGGAAACCACCAGAUCGAGAACCCCUGGCCAUGUGGACUGGGUGGUCAUCAGAUUGGGUGCUUCUACCAACAUCAAGCAGGUAGUGGUGGACACGGCACACUUCAGAGGCAACUUCCCACAAAAGGUCAACGUCAAGGCCAUCUCGGUCACUGACGAGACCCAGAUCCCCAGUCACGACUCCAGCGCCUGGGAGGUCUUGGUGGGCGACUCCAAAACUGGUCCUGACCAGGAGCACACCUUUGAUGUCGACAACUCCAAGGCAUUUUCUCAUGUGUUGUUGACCAUGAUCCCCGAUGGAGGCAUCAAGAGAGUCAGGGUCUUGGGAACCAUUGCAAACUAA